GAGGGAUAUGGCGAACGCAACUGCCCCAGACGCGGCUGCAGUUUUCAAACCUCAACUGUAAGCCUCGGUGGCCGUCUCCGCUGCCGUCGCCUGGAGUCACCUCACCGAGAGCCCCGUCACAACUGUCGGCCCUUGUCUGGAAAAGUAAAAGUGGGUCCUGCCACGCUUGGAGCUCCCUGGCGCCUCGCCGGGCUGGAGCUAGAGACCUCGUCCUGUGGCGGCCCCCGGCGUGGGGCGGGACAGCAGCCCCCCUCGGAGGGGGCAGCCCCGGGAAAACCUGAGGCGGCCGGAGCGGUAAAAAUAAGUGACUAAAGAAGCAUACCUGGGAAUCACCUAACAUGUCGAGGAGGAGAUUUGAUUGCCGAAGUAUUUCAGGCCUGCUAACCACAACUCCUCAAACUCCAAUGAAAAUGGAAAACUUUAAUAAUUUCUAUAUACUUACAUCUAAAGAGCUAGGGAGAGGAAAAUUUGCUGUGGUUAGACAAUGUAUAUCAAAAUCUACUGGCCAAGAGUAUGCUGCAAAAUUUCUAAAAAAGAGAAGAAGAGGACAGGAUUGUCGAGCAGAGAUUUUACACGAGAUUGCUGUGCUUGAAUUGGCAAAGUCCUGUCCCCGUGUUAUUAAUCUUCAUGAGGUCUAUGAAAAUACAAGUGAAAUCAUUUUGAUAUUGGAAUAUGCUGCAGGUGGAGAAAUUUUCAACCUGUGUUUACCUGAGUUGGCUGAAAUGAUUUCUGAAAACGAUGUUAUCAGACUCAUUAAACAAAUACUUGAAGGGGUUUAUUAUCUACAUCAGAAUAACAUCGUACACCUUGAUUUAAAGCCACAGAAUAUAUUACUGAGCAGCAUAUACCCUCUCGGGGACAUUAAAAUAGUAGAUUUUGGAAUGUCUCGAAAAAUAGGGAAUGCAUGUGAACUUCGGGAAAUCAUGGGAACACCAGAAUAUUUAGCUCCAGAAAUCCUGAACUAUGAUCCCAUUACCACAGCAACAGAUAUGUGGAAUAUUGGUAUAAUAACAUAUAUGUUGUUAACUCACACAUCACCAUUUGUGGGAGAAGAUAAUCAAGAAACAUACCUCAAUAUUUCUCAAGUUAAUGUAGAUUAUUCAGAAGAAACUUUUUCAUCAGUUUCACAGCUGGCCACAGACUUUAUUCAGAGCCUUUUAGUAAAAAAUCCAGAGAAAAGACCAACAGCCGAGAUAUGCCUUUCUCAUUCUUGGCUACAGCAGUGGGACUUUGAAAACUUGUUUCACCCUGAAGAAACUUCCAGUUCCUCUCAAAUUCAGGAUCAUACUAUAAGGUCCUCUGAAGACAAGACUUCUAAAUCCUCUUGUAAUGGAACCUGUGGUGAUAGAGAAGACAAAGAGAAUAUCCCAGAGGAUAGCAGCAUGGUUUCCAAAAGAUUUCGUUUCGAUGACUCAUUGCCCAAUCCCCAUGAACUUGUUUCAGAUUUGCUCUGUUAGCACUUUUCUCUUUGACUUAUUUGGACUGAAUUUGAAAUUUUAUAUUCACUCCAGUGAGAUUAUGGUUUGUAGCUUCAUGUAUGACAUGUUUAUGUUGUAAAUGCACUUUUGCAUAGAAUAAUUUAGGGAAGUGUUUUAAUGUUAAAUUAAUAGUUGCUAGCAUAGUAUGAUUUCCUAUUCGGAGAUAGCUCUGCACAGAAGAAAAUAUUUAAAUAUAUGAAAAAAAGUAAAUUUGUACAUGUAUAGGAGUUUAUAUGUUAAUGAAAUAAUUCAAGUUCAAAUGAACUUAACAAAAUGUUUUGCAUAUCAACAAAAAAA